AUGGUCGUCCAUAAGGGGUCCACGGCCCUUACCCCGGUACUAGAGAGCCGGGACCGAACCAGCUCAACACUGACGGGACAAAAAAGGGUCUCCGUGAAACUCACGCCAGACAAGGGAACAUCGCCUGCAUACAAACACCCAUGGAAGAACCGGAAGGCACUUAGCGAGGACUACGAUGGACCAAUUUCUGGCCGAGAGGGAUGGUGGCGCACCUACAUCCGGGAAACACCACUGCCUGGUUCAUACGAGACCGAAGACUUUUUAGUAGACUUAGAAAAACGGCCACACACCUACAGAUUUAAGUCGGACGGUCGGAAGAUCGACGCCCAUCCCCACGGGAAGGGAGCGUUACUUCUACCCGGGGCCUACGAGAUACAACCUUUCACAAAGAGACUGGAACAACUGCCGGCGACUUACAAUUUCAAAGCAAUAGACAGAGGACAGCGCGAUUUUAAUUUCGGACGGAAAGACAAGGACAUCAACGUUAGUCCAAAUGCCUACGAGAUGGACAAAUAUUUAACAGUAGCAGUAGAUAAACAGCCCUCAAAACAUUCUAUGUUCAAAUCACAAGCGAAACGAUUUCCAACGAUGCCAUUUAAACCGAGAACAGGUCCCGGUCCUGGUAACUAUGAAUAUUCACCAGAGCUGCCACUACAUCCGGUGUCGUCCAGCUUCAAGUCAAAAACACCACGAUUCUCAAGUUCACACACGAGAGUACCUGGACCUGGAACAUAUGCCAAAACACAUCAGUACCCAAUGAACAAGAACAUCUCGAAUAUGGGAAGACAACACGGACUUUUCUUUACAAGUGCCUUCCAGGCCUAAAAAAGGGCCAGGGUCAUCGUUCGAACUCUGACCUGAUUUCCAUCUUAGAAAUCAAGCUGUUAUUAUCUUGAUACUGUAUAUCUCCUCUUCAUCCUGUUACCAAUCUCUGU